CUGCCAUGGUGGGAGAUGGCCAGCAUGUUAACAAAGAAUUCAGUGUGUAUUUUAUUCAGAAUAUGGUUUUAUUUCAGGGUUCCAAAAAAUUGUAUGUGUGCCUUCACAUUGAAUUGUGACACCUAUUAUCCAGAUCCCAACUACCGUUUGCACUCAGGAAGAGGCCAAAGACCUACAAAAUAUUUACAAGUUUCUGUAGAACAAAAACAAAGAGAAACACAAGCUGAAUUGGAACAUUCAAAAGAAAAUUUGAAAGCAUGUCAUCAGAAAAUGAUAGAUAUGCGAGCAGAGAUUAGUGAACUAAAAAAUGAAUGUAAUGCAUCAAGAAAAAAGUCACUUUCAAUUAAGCAAGCAAUGGACAAGUUGCACUGUAAGCAGGCAGACUUAAGGAAUCAGAAGCCAUCCCCACCAACAGAUGUAUGUCAGUUAGAGGAGGAUAUCAGACAGCAAGAAACUGUGUUAAAGGAAGCACAGGACAAUUUUCAAAAGAUUAAGGAAGACAUUGCAAGCAGUAAGGAUGCUUUCACUAAAGCUUCUUCAGAAUUUGAAAAUGUAACAAAAGAAGAAAAGGAUCAGUUUAAAAUAGCUGAAAAUGAGAAGGUAAAUUAUACAUACACUAAUUUUUUUUUUUUUUUUCAACAAAAUGGCCAUAUUCCACCAAGGCAGGGUGACCUAAAGAGAAAAAUGAAAGUUUCUCUUUAACUUUAGUAAUAGUAA